AAAUGAAGAUUUUCAUAAUAGCGCUCGGCCUUUUAGCCGCUACUCCGCUAGUGCUAAGUCAAACAUCAGACUUAGUGGCUAAGUUCGAGCCAGACACCGUGUUGAUACAAAUGGAUGAAUAUUACUAUGUCUACUUCAAUAUUACAGGGUCUAGUUUCCGAGCCAAUGACGAAUUAGUUGCGAUUUCUGAAAUGGAAAAAUUAGCGACCGUUGAAUGGAACUCCACAUACCGGCUCACAGAAGCAGAAGCGAGUAAUGGAUUUUUUGAAGGAAGAUUAAGAGUAAAUGGCCAUUUUCUUGGAAGGCUAGAAGUGUCAAUAGAGAACAGAAGAGUAUCAUCAGCAGGAACAGUAGUACUUCCCGUGAUCGGUACCCUACCCGUUACUGUAGUCCGGCCUCAAAGAGUUAUUGAUUCAAUUUUCACGACAAGUGUUGCCGUUUUUGUAUCAUUGAUUUUCAUAAACUUCGGUUGUGCGAUGCACUGGCCCACUGUGAAGGAAGUUUUGAAGAAACCAAUUGGACCAGCGAUAGGAAUGUGUGGACAGUUUCUCUUUAUGCCACUGAUAUCAUUCGGCCUGGGUUAUCCGUUAUUCCCGGACAUGCCAGCCAUGCGCUUGGGCCUGUUCUUUAUGGGCGUGUCUCCUUCGGGCGGGGCGUCCAAUAUAUGGACCUUCAUUUUGGGAGGAAACCUCAAUCUGUCACUUGCUAUGACGUCUAUUUCCACCAUCGCUUCUUUUGCUCUAAUGCCGGCCUGGUUAUUCAGCCUCGGCCAAGUGGUGUUCAGUAAUGCGAAUAUAGUGGUCCCAUACGCAAGAAUAGGAUAUUUCGUAGUUGGUCUCCUCGUCCCCCUGGGUAUAGGGCUGGCGAUGCAGAAGUUUCUGCCCAGGAUAGCAGGAUUCAUGGUCAGAAUCCUAAAGGGAUUCUCCACCACGCUACUGUUGUUCAUCAUCAUAUUCGCUAUUGUAACCAAUUUGUAUAUUUUCGAGCUAUUUGAUUGGGCUAUAAUAGUAGCCGGCAUGGGCUUACCCUGGCUAGGAUACCUAUCAGGAUACUGCGUAGCUAGACUUCUGAAACAACCACAUGAAGAUGCCCUGGCGAUUUCCAUUGAGACUGGAGUACAGAACAUGGGUAUAGCUGUAUUCUUGCUGCGAUAUGCAUUGCCUCAGCCUGAAGCUGAUCUUACUACUGUUGUACCAGUGUCAGUCUCCAUCAUGACACCAAUUCCAAUGAUGUGCAUCUUCAUAUACCAGAAAAUAAGUGCUUACAUCCGCAAUAGGAGACAGAGAAAAGAAGUAGCUUCUACAGAAGAUACCAUGGAGGUAUCGGAUAAGGUCGCAGAUGUUUUGGUGACUGAUAAACAAGCGGCAUAGACAAUAGAGCAUUUACUACUGUAUGAUUGUGUAAAUAAAAUUAGUAUGUAAGAGCUGUAAAUAUUGUGAUAAUUAA